GAGUGGGCACGCUUCCGGGAAGGGCUGCGAAUUCUGAGCUUUAGGUGGAAGUCCCUCCUCGCCCCUCCCCCGGCCCCAGCCUCAGCGGUUUGGGGUCUGGGUUGGGGACACCGGCUGGGCGAGGAGGGAUCCUGCCCGCGCCUCUCUAUUUCUCUGCAGCUGCAACUGGAGAAUUUCUGCGCCAGAGCCGCUGGUGUGGCAGGCAAAUACGGGGGUGGUGGUGAUUGGGAGGGGUGAGGUUGGGGCAUAGAUUCUUGGGGUACAGGGCUCGGAAAGUUGCAUGUGCCACGGAAGAAAGGUACAUAUCUGAGAAGGCCCUGUGAAGUUUUAGUAAGAUUCUCUCAUUAAGAUGAAGGUAGUGGUGGGAGAAUCAAGGGAAAAAACAGUGGCCCCCCUCACUGCAAAACGGAGAUGGUUUAAUUUUAAUGAGAGAGGGAAUAUUCGAGGGCUAUAGGAAUCAGGCACUCUUCCCCCUCUGGUGAGACACCCUCUCUCCAGGGUCAAAGAAGCUGGGACUUGACUCUGGGCCAGGUUUCUUUGCCCUGCAGGCUGGGCAGCCUAGCCGAUUCUCUGGGGGUUGCGCUCACCAGAGAAGUGGAGAUUUCGCCCAGUACAUACUUUCCCUCUACAGACCAGGCUGGCUCAAGUGAAACGGGCUCUGGGCUGGAAAAUCUGGUAUCCCCAGAACCCUCUUGUUUUGCCCCCAUUCUGUCGCUGCCCUGGCUCUUGGGUGCUUGCCUCUGUUGAUGGUCCUCGCUUGAAAACCCACAUUUGGCACCCUGUAGCUGAACACAGCACAAAAACCAAAGAUCAAAAGCAUUUGUACGAGCAGUUGUGCGGGAGGUGAAUAUUUAACGCUUUUGUUCAUCAAUAACUCAUUGGCUUUGACCUGUCUGAACAAGUCGAGCAAUAAGGUGAAAUGCAGGUCACAGCGUCUAACAAAUAUGAAAAUGUGUACCCUCACCGUGUCCCCACCCGGCCCAGCAGGCUCCCCCAAUUUGUCUCAAUAAAGCCUAGGCCCAGUGUCCCCAAGAUGGCGAGUAUGUGGGAGCACUUGACAUUAGGGGAAGUUGGGGAAAACCUCCCUGGGACAAGAGAAGUGGGCUUGGGGCAGCCUCAGAGCUCUUGUUAGAAUGAGCACCAGGAAAUCCUACAAAAUCGCCAAAGCACUGGAACCAACGGAUUGGGGUGAGGGGAGUAUGCAAAGUGCAUUGUAGAAGCAGGCAGCCAAUUUUGCCAGGCUGGGGGGCACAGGGGAGUCUCCCUGCUCCACCCCACCAGGCUGAAACUAAUUUUUGAAACAUGAGGGGAAAAUCAAAACAAAAAAAUUUUUUAACACCUCUGACCUACAGUCAGGGAUCCCAAAGCCCCACUCGAGCCCAGGCAUCCCUCUGCCCCUGAAAUUCAUCCGGGCAUUCAGUGCGUGUGUGUUCUUAGUGCCCUGAACUGAGAGGUGAGCCCCAGACAGUGCUGAGGCACUGGGGCAGGCACAAAACUCAUGAACUUUUGUACUCUUGUGUGCUGCUGUCUGCAAAGCAAAAAUAAUGAAACUUUGUGAUAUGUUUGUAAAUGAUUUCGAAUGACCCCUCACCCUGCCCUUCACUAUUAGUACGCUGGCCCCAACCCAGGGCAGCUCCAUGCCUGCAAACAGCGCCUGCCUCAGGGUCUGCAGCAGCAGCAGUAGCAGCAGCAGGACGGAGAGGCCAGCCGAACUCAGGGCCCAGGAAGGUAAAUGUGCGACUUCUUGAAGAACUAGCUUUGUGAGCCAACCUGGCUUGCCCCGACCUGGGAAAUAUAAUGAAUGGAAGAUAUUCCUCUCUUCCCUUUCUUCUACCACUGAGGGCAUUUGCUCCUCUCUGGAAAAUAUCGCUUGAUAAGGGGAGGGGGUGAUGUUUGGAUCUGGAGAAGGGGGAAUAAUAAAACCACCAUUUCUGGGAUGAAUUAAUUUUUCUUCCCUAAGAAGACUGCCCUGGCUUCUUGGCUGCUUGGUAACCCUGGCCCUGGUACAAGGAUGGGGAACUCGUUGCUGCAAAUUGCCACCAAGCCCUUCAGGCUACCUGAACCAUCUCUGAAAAUGCUGGUGGCUGUGUCAGGCUGGUGGUGGCUCCGAAGAAGAGGCCAAGGCUGGCAGCGGUCUGGGUAUCCAAUUUGGGUGGAACCUGGAAGUAGUAACGUUGUCUAUAUAUACCCUGUAGAACCGAAUUUGUGUGGUAUCCACAUAGUCACAGAUUCGAUUCUAGGGGAAUAUAUGGUCGAUGCAAAAACUUCACUUUUCUCCAAAAUAGCCUGAGUCGGAAGGAGAGGCCAGAAACAGCCAGGGUGGGUCAAUAGCCUUUUUUCUCUUUUAUUACGUUGGACUCCAGGAGGAUCGCCUGAGCCUCGUGACACAGAGCACCCUUUUCUUCAAGAAGCCCUUCACCUUUAUACAGAGGCUCCUGUGUAAAUCCCUAAUUGGUUGCAUGAAUUCGGGGCCAAAAGGCUAGGUUUUGGGUAACUGGGGGACUGCAGUGGGAGGCUGGGUAGCCCCAGCUCUGCCCUCGAGGAGCAGGAGGUUGGAGGGUGCCUAAUGAGGGGCUUACUGGCCUUUGACUGCCGCGUGAGAAGGCGGCAAACUAGAAAGAAGGAGUGCAGAGUUCUUUGGGUCCAUUUGGGUGUGUGGGGUUGCCCUCACCACCUUCCUGGAGCACCCCUCAGCUGCACGGGCUGAGGCAGGGGAAGCCUCUUGCCAUACCCUAAAGGCCCAGCUUUCGCUAGGAACACCCCAGCCUGGGCACUCACAGAAAGCUUGGUGGUUACUCAUUGCCUAAAUUGAUUCAGGCCAGCUAGAUUGUGGUAACUUUUGGGUGACCCUGAGGAGGACAAAGCCGGGAAUCAGCCUUUGUAUGGCAGAGUCCCCGUUCCCGCUGCUGGGCUGGCGGGAGCUCUGCCUGCUGGGGUACUCUGCCCAACUAAGAAGCUGCUUUGCCCACCAGCCUUUUGGUGCCUACACCCCAACAGAUACGGGAAUUUAUUCCCCUUUGAGCUGUGCCUACUUUGGGGGGCUGUUUUCAGGCAGGUCGGUGAGUGGAUAGGGCACUCGAGGUUAGCAAAGUCAGUGGCAGACAAAAGCUGGAAUUACCUGCGGGGGGAAUGAGGGUGCCGGGGGUUAGAAGUACAGUAACAUCUUGUGGGGGCCCUCGAAUGCGCCACAGCGAGUCACUUGAUUACACGUAUGUUAUUUAGUUAAAUUUGUGAAAAUUAUGAGAUGCUCACCAACCCAGUGAUAAACUCGCUCCCUUGCUAUUGGCUGGCGUGGUCACAUGGCCACCAACUUUAUUCAGUUGACAGCAAGUAGGAGGGUCCUAUGGAAGGAGAAAAAAAGACAACACGAGAAAAAUUAGUAUUUUCUACCUUCUGAAAUUAAUGGCCAUGAGUUCGUAUAUGGUGAACUCCAAGUAUGUGGACCCCAAGUUCCCUCCGUGCGAGGAAUAUUUGCAGGGCGGCUACAUAGGCGAGCAGGGAGCCGACUACUACAGCGGCGGCGCCCAGGGUGCUGACUUCCAGCCCCCGGGGCUCUACCCGCGGCCCGACUUCGGUGAGCAGACCUUCGGAGGCGGCGGCCCUGGUCCAGGCUCCGUGCUGCCCACGAGGGGUCACCCGCAAGAACCGGGAGGCCACUACGGAGCCCCGGGAGAGCCGUGCCCGGCGCCCCCUGGCCUCGGGCCUCGGGGCGCGCCAGGAAGUGAGCGCGCUGGCCGCGGCCCUAACUAGUGGCCAGGCGCUGACCUGACGGUGCUGUCUGUUUUGUUUCCAGUGAACCCCAACUACACCGGCGGGGAGCCCAAGCGGUCCCGGACGGCCUACACCCGGCAGCAAGUCCUAGAACUGGAAAAGGAAUUUCAUUUUAACAGGUAUCUGACGCGGCGCCGUCGGAUUGAAAUCGCGCACACCCUGUGUCUGUCUGAGCGCCAGAUCAAGAUCUGGUUCCAGAACCGUAGGAUGAAGUGGAAAAAAGACCACAAGCUGCCCAACACCAAAGGCAGGUCCUCCGCGUCCCCCUCCUGCUCUUCCUCAGCUGCCCCCAGCCAGCAUUUGCAGCCGUUGGCCAAGGACCACCACACGGACCUGACGACCCUAUAGAAGUGGGGACCUCGGGCCCAUCCCUCCCUGCGCUCCCGGCUGAGCCGAAGCCGCGGGGACAGGCCGGGCCCGCUGUCACCUCGCUGGGCUCUAAGGUACAGUAGGGUGGACCUGGGGCCUGCUGGCCGCCCUGGGACUAGGUUAGCAUCCUGCCCGAGGGCAGCCCCCUACCUGAGGCAGGUGUGGGGGCGGGAGGGGGGCGGGAUUCUCUCUCUAAGUAUAUUAUCCUAUGGCAGGAGCUACUGAGAACAUAAAACCUUGGUGAGUCAUUAAACUCAUGAAACUCUCUGCUGUUGGAUUUUGAAUUUACAAAUGAAGGUUGGAUGCUUUAUCCCGGUGUGAAUUCAAACAUCCUUCCCCACCCCAUCCCUCCGGGAUCUUGUGGUUUAAUAAUGUGGGGGAGUUGAGGCCGCAGGUUAGCCACCCCUGUGCUAGGUGCUUUCAGUGGAAGCAGGAGAACUGGGCCAGGAUUUAUGAACUUUCUGGGUUGUCUGUAUAAUUUCCAGUGUGAAGAAAAAUAUAUAUAUAUAUUUUGUUCCCACUGGCCCCAUUCCCAAAGAAAUGACUCUAAGAAGGAAGUGGAAACGGGUUAUUUUAUGUUUAGAUUAUAUUUGCUUAAAUAUUUAUUUGUUGGGGAAUGGGGUACAGAAAUAACUGACAUCUUAAUGCCAAAAACCUUAAGAUGGUAAAAGGGGCCAGGUUUCAGGGAGCAGAAUCAGAGAUGUGUGGACUGACUUCUGGCUGUAACCGGCAUUUUGAACCCACCCCCUCCCCAUUGCCCGGAAAUGUGUGUAGGGGCCCUUAACCCUUCUAGAGGGAAGCAAAGAGUCCACUCUGCAUUGCAUUCUUGAAAAUGUAUUUUCACAUGUGCUUUUUCCAGCACCCUGCUACAACCAGUAUUCAGGGUUGUUAAAGGAAAGGGGAAAAAGGAAGGAACAAAUGGUCCAACAUUCUCCUGGGGAAAGAAAACAAAACCUCUGUUCUGGGUCAUUUGAUAACGACUGAAUUUUCUGUUCCAACUGGGUUCCAACUGCCCAAAUAACCCAUAUAGCAAUGUUUUAUAGGGAUUGGUGUAUGGCCUAUAUGGAAGAGGGGGUAUGCAGUGGGGAGAAAGUGGGAGGUAGAGGAAGUCUUACUUUAAAAAGGAAAGAAAAAACUAAUUGAAUCUAGAAGUCUACAAAAGUUGGGCUUAGGGGUUUAUCCCUGAAGUUUUUUUAUUUUUAAAACAAAUCUUAAGGAAGUUUUUCUCAACCUAUCAGUUAGAAGCAGAAAUUGUAAAAGUACAGAAGUUUUCAGGCCCUCUUCCUUGCCUUGAGAAUAGGGUUUAAAACAACCACUCUCAAACAACAGGGGAGAUGUUCUUCAGUCAUCUUUCUUAUGCCUUGCCUGGAAGGGUUCAAAGCUCAUUUUUCUAAAAUGCUGACCCUUAGGGAUAAGGGGGAAAGAGUCAAAGGUAAUGACCAGAGUUCAUAUACCCAAAUGAAACAAGGCUUCAAAAGUUUAAACCCCAAAGCCUCAGGCUCCAAAAAGAAACCCCAGGUUGUAGCUAUCGAAGAAAAGUGACAAAAGGGGGGAGGGAGAAAGGGUGAGCUUGAAAGAGAGACUCAGAAUUGGGGUUAUUUUUUCAGUGCUUCAGAACACUUUAGAAGGUUUCAGUGGUAAUUAAAAAUACAUUUAAGUGUAGAGAAAAGAAAAGAUUUUCUCUGCACCCGUGUUCUUUGGUUCAGUGUCUCCUGAGAGCUGAGGGCAGGUAUUCACUGGAGUCCCUAGGCUGAAAUUCCACUUCUCUAAAGUAUCUUCCAAGCCUUGGUCUUUUGUAUUAGACCCUGGGGACAGCUCUUUGUUCCUCCUUGGGGUGAGCCUGGCUCUCAGACUUGCACAUGGCAAUACUUGAAUAUCGGCACGUCGGGAUAUUAAAGAUGGAUAUUCCUGCAUUAUUCACAUCAUUGUUUCUAUGACAAAAAGCACAGAGUUCAUACAUAGUCAAGAUGUCUUUUUUCUGACGCCCUCACGUUGAGAAGCUGAAAAGGUAUUUUACUGAAGUUCGGGGCUAAAUUACAGAAUCAGGUUCAUCCAGAGGACAAAUUUUCUAUUCGAUUAGCUGUAUUUCAGCCGGGAGGACUGACCUCUAAACCCUUAACCUUUUGGACUCUAACUACCCUUCUUUUCUUUUUUUUUUGGAUGUAGCACUUGAAAAGAGCAGUUAUCCUUAGGCAAGAUGGAAAGUUGCUAAGAUUCUAUCUUAAAACCCAGGUCUGUGAAUACAUUUAACUUCUUAUGUUUUCACAGCAUUUAACUAAUAUACAAGGGUGGGCGAAAUUAGGUUUCCAGUGCAAGACAUAAAUAAUACAAUAAUUAAUAAAUAAUACAAUAAUACUGUUUUGCAGACUCACAACUGUAAACCUACUUUUGCCCACCCCUGUAUAUUAUAAAGAUUAUUAUAUAGAUUUCCCCCCUUCCCAGAAGUUUAGAUUCCUUAACCCAGGUUUAGACCAAAUGCCAAAACUACUUAAAUGCCUUCACCCCUGCCCCAGGGGAAAGCCAAGAGGCAUAUUUUUAUGAAGAAAAUCCAAGCUCAUUCUCAAACAUAGCCCCAUUACUUAGGAAAGUAACUUAAUCACAGAAACAACUUCUUUGUUUAUAAGUCCUCAGCUCUCCUUCUCAGCUUCCAGGGAUUGUCUUUUGAAAUGUUAAUGGAGCCUGGAUGGCUCAGGGGGCAGCCCACGACCCUGAGGUCCCAACUGGACCCCAGCGUCCAUUUGGGCCCACAGGAGUGGGGCAGGGAAGAAGCAGGGCCCCCCAACCACCUAGGGCACGGAAGGAAACGAGUUUCCAUCUGGGAACGUGCUCUGGAGAAAGCUAGUUGUGGAAAGACUCAGUGCCCAUUUGCUUUUAUUUGUUUCCACUUUGUUCCCCCAAAUAUGAGCCAGAAGUGUUUGUUUUGGUGUGUGUGUUUUUUAAAGCUGUGUUGGGGUUGUGACUAGAGGGAAUGAAGUGUUUGCUGAGGACAUUGCUCCUCAGACUCCCAUCUCACUUUGUCCAUUGCAGCCUUUUGUUGGGAGAUGACAUUGUCAGCCCAUGGUGUUUGUUCACACAAGAUGCUUUUUAAAUAGAAUUGACCAAUGUUCUGCUGCCAUUGAUUAAAGUAUUAUUUAUACUAAUUGUUGCCUGUAGUUUUGAUGUAAUUCAUUGAUCUAUAUUUGAAAUAAAAGGUAUAGUGAAAUCUCC